GCCGGGAUUUCCAGUUCUGCUGAAUUUUUCUGAUUUCCUAAUGGCAACACGUGAGCACAAGUACUCCACUCUACUUUCUGAGCAGGUAUUUGCAUGAGUAAACCAGUUCUGUACAAGCCUGAGUGGGUUGACAUAAGAGCAGUACCGCUGGACUUGGUAGUCAAGAUGGCAGCCCAUCUGCUGCCGGUGAAAUACAUCUAAUGAAGGGCUUGAGCGCGUGCUAGUUUGUAUUGCUCAGUUACCUUGCUCAGUUGCCUUGCUCAGUUAUCGUGCCACGUUUUUGACCACCUGCGUCAUUGGCCGCGAGAUUGACCUAUAGGUGGCAGCACCAUCGCCCCGUUAGUGUGGAUGCGUCGCCCGUGCGGUGUGUGGAAGUGUACGGGGCUACUGUUUUCAUUUCGCGAUUCUGUGCUCCGUGCCCUCAGAAAACGCUUCAUUUACCAUGGGGGGCGGAAAAAAUUGAAGCCCGAUGCACUGCCAACAUUGAACUUGCCGCAGCGCAUAUUUGACAAGCAAAAGCUGCCUCGCAAGCCACCGGCAAAAAGAGCCCCUGUUUCAAGGCAAUCAAGGAUGCCAGGAAGCAUAGCCGACGAUGUUGCAGUCAUGCCUCUGUUCAUGAAGAAAAUCCUGCUGAGGAGACUGCGUACGAAGUGCCACAAGAUGAUAUCCUGGAACAGUUCGCCGAGAUUGUGUGUGCACAAGCUGGCACACUACGGGAUGCCUGUGUACAAGCGAGUCCUCUCUUAGUCAUUGGCCGCCCCAAGCCUCUCCUUUCAUGUGCGGUUGGGCAGACAGACGACACCAUCAAAGUGCUCACAGGAUUGCCAUGUCUGCAGCUGUUGAGGAAUAUAAUUGAAGAGUUCGCUGCCUUGCGCGGAGUAUCCAUUCCGAGAGGUUUUGCAUUAAGUGACGAAGAUACCGUGCUGAUGGUUUUUGUGAAACUCUACCACAACAUAAGCUUCAGCUUUUUAUCUGUUCUUUUUUCUAUUCACAGAACAACUGCAUCGAACAUUUUGAAGAAUGCCAUAUGCAUUCUUGCAAAUGUACUUGGAGAGGCGGUGUUUUUCCCUUGCAAAGAAUCAGUCCUGGAAAACUUGACAGUUUAUUUCAAGGAAUAUAAGGAAACUCUCAUUGUAUUAGACUGCACAUAGGUGGCUCUUGAAAGGCCAAGUGACUUGACAUCGCGGCUGCUUACCUACAGCCAAUACAAACGCCAGUACACAAUCAAAGUAUUGAUUGGAGUUGCUCCAAGCGGCAUGAUAACAUUAGUUGGGAAAGCGUAUGGAGGUCGCGCUUCAGACACGCGACUCACAGCCCACUCAAAUGUACUCAACAAAUGCGCGGCAUAUGUCGACCGUGUUAUGGUUGACAAAGGUUUCCUGAUGAUAGAGAACCUUUGCGAUGAGGCCAGGGUUAGUGUGGACAGGCCCCCUUCCUUAAAGAAAAGGCAACAGCUUGAACAUGAAGCAAACAAAAAUCAAGCAAUUGCAAGAGCUAGAGUACAUGUUGAAAGAGCCAUUGAACGUAUCAGAGCCUUCAAAAUUGUUCAACAGAGGUACCCCAUUCAGCUCCUUCCUGUGUUUGACAAAGUCAUCCUGUUGCUUGCUGGCAUAGUGAAUUUAUCAAAGCCAAUUUUGGGGGAAGACAAGUUUCUACCAAAUGUCUAAACAGUGCACAAAGUUGAAAGAAACGCGAAAUAAUACCAGGUGUGUUAUAUUGUUGCCAUAUCAAUACGUACAGUGGUCACUAUAGUGCAGAAAGCACAAAGAGAUAAACAAAGUGACGACAUCAACAAAUAAUUUUGAAAAUUGCCUUUCGCCCUGUUCGCGUAUUUAUUGCACAAUGCUUUAAGGAAUAAACGUUCGA